AGUUUGUUGCUGUGGCUUCUCAUGUUCUUUGCACGGAUUACAAAUAUGGCGGGUGUUUUUGCCAUUGCUCUCGAGAACUCGGCCAGUGUUGUUACCGUAUAGAAAGUGAUUUCAGAACAGGCUUAUUUUGCAAUGACUGCAUACAAACGCGUACAGCAAUGGAAUACAUUUGCUCGGGUUUGGCAUCUCUACGAUGCUACAUGGCAAAAUCCGUUUGAAUCUGCUCAGAGAAUAAUGAAAUAUCUUAAGGGUUUACACAAGCCAAUCUAUCAUCCUCUCAAUGACUGUGGUGAUCAUGUGGUGGUGAUAAAUAGUGGGGAAAUUGCACUGCUAGGUGAUGAGUGGCGGAAACGGGUUUACUUCCAUCACACAGGAUAUCCAGGUGGUGCUACAUGGACAUUGGCUUGGGAACUUCAUGAUAAAGAUCCUACAAUGAUUAUGAAGAAAGCCGUUUAUAAUGUUAUGGACGGCAAUCUUCAGCGUCGAUACACAAUGCAAAGGCUUCACAUCUACCCUGAUGAUGAUGUUCCUGAAAAGAUCAAGCAGAACAUUACAAAUCAAAUCAGACAGUUGCGUCCGGUACCAAAGCGACUUGACCGUUAUGCUCCCGAGGAGGUGCAACGGUUUCCGAAGGUCAUGGACUGGCCAAAGAAUUAUAUCUUACGUUGAUAGCCCGAAUCUUUAAGACAGUUUACUUUGUACAGAAUUAUUGUGAAGUUGCUUUACUUUAAACCAAAAAUAAAAAUUGUAGGUUAUGAA